CAUUUGAUCUAAAAUCUCUCGAAGCCAUAAAACGCAAAACACCCUACACGUCCACCGAGGAAUAUUUGGAUAUUAAUUACCGAUUACUUCGCGAAGAGUGCUUCAGAAAUUUAUGUGAUGGCAUUCAGAAUUAUCGCGAGAAUCAGAUAUGCGAUGCUCAAAAAAUGAAAAUGUACAGGUAAUUAAUGCUAUUCAAUCAGUAAGUUAUAUUUAACAGAUAUUAAAUGUUUUACGUUUUGAUAUACAGUUAUAUAAAACGAGUUGGAAUUGGGAAAACGAGAAAUUGUGUGGAAACACGACGCCCGGCCCGAGCGCAAAUAUAGCACAAAGAAAUAUAAAGAAAUUUUUUGACAUUGAGUUAUAUCAAUUAACAUAGCCAGCGUAGCGGCUAUCAGGGAAUGGACGGUCUGCACGAGAUCUACUGUUUUGCCAUUUCCGCCCACUUAGCCUGAGGGCUACUCCACUUUCAACAGAUGUCAAAAUUGCCCAAUCACACAGAUUGGUUACGUUUGCAAAUUUACAUGUCAAAUUGAGUAAUUUAGAUUGCUUUAUGUUUUCAAAUUUCAAAAUAAAAUAAUAUACGGAUGUCGGCUAAAGAAAAUUGAAUUCUCUAAUCGCACAAAAUUAUUAGCUACAAAAUCAUGAAGAAAUAAUCUAUUUGUCGACGAUGAAAACGAACACGCUCGUGAAAGAGACGCUGCUAACAGACAGCAAUCCAUCGAAAACACCACAGUCAAUAUCGUUAGACAGGGUUCGUACGCCCCCUGGAAAUCCUGGAAAACCCUGGAUCUUUAUUUUAGUCCUGAAAAACCCUUGAAAACCCUGGAAUUUCAAAUUUAUCCCUGGAAAACCCUGGAAAGCUGAGAAACUGAGCUGGGUGUAGGAUUAUACCUUAACUAUUUAGCACUAUCUUAAAACGAAAGAUUGAACAAAAGGUUUUUGCAUCAUAUAUAGUCAAACUAUGAAUAUAUUUCGUUCAAACUGGUACAAACCCAAAAUUAUCUGUGCAAGAUGAAGUACUAGUCGUCGCGAACGUUUCGUAUCCGUUAAACACUUGUUGAUUUAAAUUUCAAAUGCCCCUGGAAAACCCCUGGAAGGUUUAUGGAGGUGUACGAACUCUGUUAGAGUUUUAUGAAUAGAGUUACAUGUUUAGUAUAUACUCGUUUUUCUCUCUCUGGGAGAACGAGCAUAUACGGCAAAGCAUGCAUGGGGUUUCGGGCAAGCUGUCCUUUCCCUUAUAGCCGCUACGCAGGCUAUAUCAACACGCCUCUUAGCCAAUCAGCGUUCAGAAUUUACAAAUGCUAUAUUAUAAUUAUUUAUGUAAAUAAUAUAGUGGACUGAUGACAAAUUGUAAGUCAAGUUUAAUUAAAUGAAAAGAUUGCGAUGAAGAUUUCGAUGGUUUUUACAAGUAAAAGAAUUUCAGAAACAAAUUUAUUAUUUAUUUGUUAUGAGGAACAACUAUAUUAAGUGAAUAGCAGAUUAAUUUAUGUUACAAAAUCUAUUUACUGAAUCAAGUUCCCAAUAGCAAACAAAUUUUAAGGCUAUUGGAACAGUUCAACUGACUUAUCACCAGUGAACUCUAUUUAGGCUGGAACGAUAACUUGGCCGUCAUCUUUGAAAGCCGAAUUGACGUACAGUGCCAGUCCCUUUAUAUUGUUUUCGUAGGCGCGGUUGACAACCGCACCUACAAAAACAAUAGGAACGGAAUGGAACUGUACGUCAAUUCGGCUUGAAAUUGGCUUCAAAGAUGGCGGCCAAAUUACAGUCAGUUAUCGUUCCAGUCUAAAUAGAGUUCACUGCUUAUCACCAACGAAGUGACGAAUGUAUUAUGGAACACUUGCUUAUAUUAGUUUUAAACUUCAUUGGAGAGUCAAACCUGAAUCCCAAGUUCUUUGACUUGUCUGUUAAAUUUAUGGAGAUAUCGCUAUAAACUUGCAAGGAACUAAAGUUGAUUUUAGUAUUUUACCAUCUGUUUUACCAUCAUUAACUUUCUACUUUUCAUUAACUAUCACGUAGCCGACCCAAUCCUUUGUGUCAUCAAUACAAUAGCAGCGACUGCAACAAGUUGACAAUUAGCGAUGAACAAUGACCACAAACUGUCUGAAAGUUAACCAUGAUCCCAGUCUCUUCUUUACAGUAAUAAACAUUAAAUAAAAUCAGAAAUGUAAUUACUUUAGUCAAUUUAAUCUUGAUAAAAAUGGUUGCAACCAAGAUGUUAUCUGAAUUUGCCAGAAAAAUUCGUUGAACUUUCCCAAGCCAAUAAUAGUAACACAAAUAUGUAUGUUGACAAUAUUUAUCAUACCCGAUAUAAUCCGCUAUAAGCUACUGAUUAAUUGUAAUUUAUUCGUUUUCAAGGAUUACAUUGCAGAGAAUUACUGGCGGUAACACACAAAUCUUUCUUUUGUUGAACUGUAUGGACUACUAUGAAAAGGAGAACAGGUAUUCAUUCAUAUGUUCUCGGAUGUUCAUAUUUUUACGUAUUUAAAGCUAUUUUUGGAUUUAAGUCAGUUAAGCAAAGUAGGCAAAAUUGAUGUACUUUAUAAUUUUCACAUUAGGAAGAGAUUUUUUUUCAUUUUAACACGUGCUUAAAACUAAUGAGUAUUAUGCCAUUUGAUAUCGACUUUCAACAUUUUUAGUUUUAAAUUUGACAAGUUUCUCAAUCAGCAAUCAAUCUUUAAAAGGAUGUUUUAUGCUAUCUCUAUAAAAUAAUGCUAAAAUGAAGAGACCGUGGUAGUAUAGUAGGUAGUUUUCGAAUCCUUUUUGCGCUGGACGAGAAGGGAGCAGUUGAUUAUUUUCAUAAUGGUGAGGAGUGGAAUAUGAGGUGGUAAGUUGGACGACUUAUUAUGUAGGCAUGAUGUCACCGAUUAUGUAUGCAUUGACGUCAUGAUAGACUCGUGACAAGACCGGCCAUGUUUGGGAUAAAUAAUCGUAAGGGUGAAGAGCGAGGACGAGGUGUGAGUUAUUAUGUUGUGCUGGACUCAUUGGUAUGAAAUAUGGAGGUGCACGUGGUUUCGGUAAUUGUUAUGCAAUGACGUUAUCGCGUAACAAAGCUGUGUUAGUUUAGCGAGCGAUAUGACACAUGCGGAGUAUUAUCAAAUUGAAAUCAGGGAAAUACAGGAAAAUACACACAUACGGCAAAUUUAAUACCAUUUGCUAAGCACAAGUUAAUUGAUAGAAAUCAAAAUCGAAGCCUUGACGAUUCUAUAGGGACUAGAUUAUGUACAAGAUGUAAAACGGCAGCAUCAAUUGGAAAUAUGAACGAGAAAUGAUGUAAUGAUGGUUUGUUUACGUGGUGAAUUUUUGGGUUGGCUGCUUUUUCGUUGUUUUGUUUACUAUUUUGUUGCUAUCUAGUUGUUUGCUUUAUGUAUUGCUUGUCUGCAUGGUUGCAUAUUGUUUGGAACUUGUUUUUGCGGUCGUUUAUAAUUAGCUUGUAUCCUUCUUCAUUGUGUCUGAAUUACUAUAGAUGAGUUAUGUUUUGUUGUCUAACAUUCAGUAUAUUUACAACUUCCUGUUAUACUGUGUUCCAUAAUAUAUUUCAUUAUUUUUAAUUAAUUAUUUGGUCUAAUUGUAUAUCAUUUUAUUAUUUUAUAUUAUCUUUAUCAUUCGAUAUGUUUUUGUUAUUCAUUUUGUUAUUCAGCUUGGAAGAAGAGGAAGAUACGUCUAAUGAAAUACUCUAUGGUAGCUUGAUGUGUAUUUCACUGAGUAAAAAGUUUGAUAGAUUGAUAUGGGCAACAGUUGUAAAUUGUGAUCCACGACUACAUGCGCAAAGCAAUCCAAAUUCAAAUAUAAAGUAAGUACAAACUACUAUAUUCGCCAAGAGUCGACCCAUAAAUUGUCGUCCUGCUAAAUUGGGCAGACGUUUUAUUAGUUAACCUAUACUGUAGCUGCACCGUAGCACGAGAACGAACGAAUAACCUCAUUAACUGAACGACUGUACCGUUCACGUUCGUUUAACUCAAUUCUUUCUACUGGCUGAGACAAGUUAAAUUAUCAUAUUCGUUUCUUAAGUUGAGCUUACGUAGUCUUAUAAUUCUUUGUGAAUAGCUUUGUAUUCCUGCUAUAAAUUACCGCACCAGUCGUGUACAGCUACUACAGCAAAAAAUUAAUGGAAUUUAAUGUAAAAUAAAUCGAAAUGAUGCGAACCUUGCUAAACAUAACCAAACUAUAGCCUGCAACGCAUAGCCUAACUGCAGAACUGCUUGACCAUGCAGCAUUGCUUUACUUACAUUGCUUUACCCCAGCAUUUACGCUAUAUUUCUAUUCUUAUGAAACAAUUUGCAUGAGUACGUGUAUGAACCAAAUGCAAUUUCGUAUGCGCAGCAUUUGUAUCCUUUUCCCAGCUGCACGUCGAUUUCCAACAUUAACAUACAGUAGAGCUCUUGGACGAUGACAGGAAUCUCGCGAAGUCUCUCAUCCUUCACGUACUGUACGAUAUCGUUCGCACUAAUGUCCCAGAUCGGACUGUUUUCCAUAUACCGCUCAUGAAUAACUGCUAAACGGAGUGGGAACUUUUCGGAUUUGAACUCAGCGUGUUCGAAAGUAUUAGUUCCCGUAAAAAUAUUUCAGAUCUAAGACAUGCUUAUAAUGAAAAUGUUUUCUAGGCACUUUUCGUGGUCAGAACACACGGACUACAUUUGCUAAACAGUUACGUAUGUUUUGAUACAUGCAUGUUUAAUUGUAAAUAUAAGAUAGCUUAGUAACAUAAGUCAUAACUGAAUAUUCGUACGUUUUCGUUGAGUUGUGCAUGUUCACUCCUGGGUUGUAACGUAUCUUCCAUAGUUCGGCUCAUACUAACUCGUCAUUCGUUCACUCGUUCGUUCAAUUUGGUCUAUAUUCGUACAUGUUUAAAUUAUAUUAUGCUAACCAAUCAGCUUUCGCGAUUUCAUUGAAAUCAAUUUACAUACUCUCGUUCUUCAGUGCAAGUUUUAAACUAUUAUAAAUACUUGAAUCUAUAUGUAAAUGAACAGUACUUCGUAUCGUUUAGUGUAACGAAUCGUUUUUAGACUCGAACCACUCGCUACAUGUAAUUGCUAAAAAUAUACCAGUAAAUCGAUGUUUGUUUUUCCACCUGUAUAUUUAACCGUUAUUACGGAAUUGCUAUAGUUUUUUUGUUAAGUUUUAAAUUGUUUAAUUUAAAUUUAAUGAGCUUUGCAAAUAAUGCUAUUUAGUAUAAAUUUUGCAUCCAAAUGAGCUUUCGCGCGUUCUGAUUGACUAGUUGACUAGAAAAUCCGGCUGACGCAAUAUUUACCAACUGACUACUGAUACUAGUAAAUAAUGCUUUUCAAAAAGAAUGAUUCGGCAAAUUAAUUGGUUUCCAAAUCGACAAAAUAUUGAAAAAAUUGUCCCCAGAAAACGAAAUAAGCGCAAAAUUUUGGGUUUAACUUGAAAGGUAGGAUUCCUUUAUUAUUUUACUGUGUCAAACAUAUUCACGGACAAUUUAAAAUGUAUUUAAAACUCCGAAAAUUCACUGCAAACAAAUGGCAAAAGCAAUCCCAACUGUUGGGAAAAACAUAUAGUUGCCGUGAUAUUCUUUUAAAACAAUUUUGGUUUGUAUCCUGUAGAUAUGAUAUCUCAAUUUGUACGACACUAUUUCUUUUGAUAUGUCAUGUUUUCACAACCUCGUACCCAGGCUCUUACCUAUGGGAAAGACCCUUGUUGGGGCUGGUCCACUGAACUAUAUAACAUGGAUGUCUGACUCGAGCUCAAAAAGUGAAGCCAACAUGGCGGAAUUUGAAGGCAUUCUUGCGCGUCAUUCUCAGUCCCCUUACGUGCGCGUUCAACAAAACUUUUAUAUUUUUCUUUACUUUCCGAGUAAAAAUCUGGUGAAAAACAGACGAAAUUUGAAUGAAAAUUUGAAUUCUGGUAUUUUGUUUGGGUUCGGUUAUAAAUUUUAAUUAUUAUUUGUUUAGGAGAUGUGAUAUUUGAGUGGAAAGAAAGCAGUGACAAAACAAAACACAAAGUCACUCAAUCUUUCAAAAUAUCUCUAUUGCCCCUAUCGACAAGAGUUUCACACACAUGAAUAACUCAUUAAAAUGAACAGUUUAAGUUUAUAAGCAAACAUCAAAGUGAUUUUAUUAAAUAGAAAAUAAAAAAAAAAAAAAUUUUCUUACAUGUAUGGAAUUAAAUUGGCUAAAAACUGCCUCGAAAACUGCAGUUAAAAAGCAGUUUUAGGUCAGGAAAACCACAGGAGGCCCAGGCUCGAUUUGCCCGCGCCCGCCUGUGCCUUCCUUAUAACGAGGGAAGGAAGGAGACAUUGAGACCAAAAUAGCCCAGACUUGCAUAUGUCACACGAAACUAUCCUCGAUUUUUCACCUUUAAAUGCAUUUCUUUCACGAUUAGUCGAUAUCCCCUGCAAGAAUGAUAUCGUAUAACUCUCAAAACAACGAUGCUUUAAUCAAAGAGCUUAAAUUCGCUCUAAACUUCGUGAGGGAACGACAAAAUUCGGCCAAAAUAUAUCCGCGUGCCGGGUUUGCUGGACAAAAAGCGGAAGUCGUUGAACAACUCAAAAUACACUCAAACCUGAUUGGACAACGAAUAUCAACAAACAUUUCAAAUUAUUUUAACAGUACUGUAAUAAUUUCAAUCAUACAAACAAAACUAUUCACAAACGUUAUAAUAAAGUGUAAAUAUUACUGCAUGUAAAUAUAACUGUAGUACGUUAAUAUGUACAAUAAAUUGUAUUUCACAUUGUCGACAUUGUGUUUGUUAAAAUAAUUUGAAAUGUUUGUUGAUAUUCGUUGUCCAAUCAGGUUUGAGUGUAUUUUGAGUUGUUCAACGACUUCCGCUUUUUGUCCAGCAAACCCGGCACGCGGAUAUAUUUUGGCCGAAUUUUGUCGUUCCCUCACGAAGUUUAGAGCGAAUUUAAGCUCUUUGAUUAAAGCAUUGUUGUUUUGAGAGUUAUACGGUAUCAUUCUUGCAGGGGAUAUCGACUAAUCGUGAAAGAAAUGCAUUUAAAGGUGAAAAAUCGAGGAUAGUUUCGUGUGACAUAUGCAAGUCUGGGCUAUUUUGGUCUCAAUGUCUCCUUCCUUCCCUCGUUAUAAGGAAGGCACAGGCGGGCGCGGGCAAAUCGAGCCUGGGCCUCCUGUGGGAAAACCGACUAAAAUAAGCUAAAUAAUGGUGUGAAAACUGAAAAGCACCAUAGAAACAAGAAAACGAAACAACCAAAGCAAAAAUAAAUUGCCAAUUUAUAAAAAUACAGAUUUUAUAUCAAAAAAACAAAAAAGUUUGAAAUUAGUUGUUGAAUUCGCAACGAAAAAUACAGAUUUACUCACACAUACAGUGGGAAAAUGCAGUAGACAGAUCGAUUAGAUGAAAGAAAUCAGGUUUACAUGAAAUAAAUAAAGUUUAUUUCCUUUUUUGCUCUUCUAAAAUGAAGAAUAACACAACCCGAGAGUCGCGGACCCAUCACUUCCCGCCAUGAAAAUACAAAAAUUGUUUGGCCGCGCGGGUAAGGAGACUGAGAAUGACGCGCAAGAAUGGCUUCAAAAUCCGCCAUCUUUGGCUUCACUUUUUGAUUACGUCAAUGACUGAAGUCAGCCUUCCAUGUAUAUAGUUCACUGGGCUGGUCACAUGACUUUACAAAAAUAGAUUGGCUAAGGGGGGAGGGCAGAGUAUCAAAUUGCAUGCUUCCACAAAAAACGUUACACUUCAGUUACAAGGAGUGGAUCAGAGUGAUCUGAAUUAUAUUUCGUCAUUUUUGCGAUACAUGCAUGGUUCGAAAUGCUUGCUCAUUUUUGCGUUUUUCUGUUUGCUUAUAUUUUGUCUACAGUCAAGUCAACAAAGCUAGAAAAUCGCAAUCCCCCAUGCUUUCAAGAUGUUUCGUAUCAAAUCGGUCAGUUGACAGUUGUUACUGUUUUUAUAUUUCUAAUAUUUCUGUAACAAAUAUGCCAUUAGAUUUGUUAAUUGUUGUUUGCAAAUGUUGAUAGGCUUUGAACCGAUUUAUUUGAAAUUGUACGCGUCUUGUUUUGUUGAAGGUUGAUAAUUUUCAAAAGUAACUUUUUCACGAGUUUGUAAGCCAAUGUGAAACAUUUGACUUCUAAAUAAAACCAGAACAGUAAAACUGUCUGUGAUUUAUCUUUGAAUGUAGUUCAUCGUUUUUAUUGAAAACUUUAGGAGAAUGGGUAUAGCCACUAAUAGGUAGUAAAGUACAAAAAUUAUCAGGGGAAUGUAAAAAAUCCUCUGCCUCGGGACUCAAUACACAUACACAUGCAUGUCAUGCAUGCGCUGUCCUUAUUGCGGCAGAUAGUAGCCUCCAUGCAUGCAUGAAUCAAGCAAAAGAAUAACAGCAAUAUAUACAGUAUAAAAUCAUAAUUUUUCUGAUAUACGCAAAUGACACUUUAUUACGAAUAUAUACAUGGAUAAGCAUAGUCAUACUCUCAAUAGUAAUAUAGUCGAAUGGAUAAGCAUAGUCAUACUCUCAAUAGUAAUAUAGAACAAUAGACAUAUUAACAUUUAGAUUCUGGACCGUGGUAGCUAUUGAAUUAGCUCAGCUUUCAUUGAGACUUGGGAACAAGCCGUUUAAUUAUAUCUAUACGACAGUCUAGUGUAUACCAUAGGCAUAGACACUAUAAAAUAUGUAUUUAAGAAUUAAGGGAAAUAUCGCAAUUUUUUUCUAUUUUUCUAGUAAAAUAUAGACACUAUACAUUAACACUAUACUGUAUACAGACUUUACAGUAUAUAUCGAUGUCUAUACCAUUAACAGUGUCUCACAGCAGCAUGCCAGCAUUCUUUUAUAUAAAUCCGUAUAUAUUUCACAAAAUAAAAAUCUUCUUGUAUUUAUAUUAUUAUAAAGAACAUCGUCAUCGAUCACAGUAAAGCAAAUGACAAUGUCACAAUUCAAGCUGUUUAUCAUGCAAAUUUAUGUUUAUUAUGCGGUGUCUAUUGUAUUGAGUUAUGUACCGUAUAAUUAGUACGUAGACUGUACUUGCAUGUUAUUCCUUCGAGUAGCCUGCUGUUGUGGUAUUAUUUUACCGUGGAUUUGAUAACAGAGUCAGAGAGGUUUAUGUAUUUCUUGACCGUUGAAUUUCAGUGAAGCCAAUGCAGGAAAUUACACACCACGCGGUCUUUAAUAUUGUUACAAAAUUUACAAUUGGCGAUAUUUCGGAAAUCAUAAGUUCCCUCUUGUCGUUAUUAAAUAAAUCCUUUGGGUCGAGUAUCAGGUUAUACUGGUCCAUCUAGAAAUAUAUUAUCUUCAUAUCUUGUAUGUUUACCGCGACAUGUGACUUAAUACUUCGACAAAGCGAUCGACAUGUAAUAAUGGAUGGCACACUACAGGAUUUAUAUACAUUUUAGGAGUUUCUUUUACAUUACUAUUAGCGCUCGAGAUUACAAUAUAUUUUUAGUAACCAUAAAAGUGUGCUAAUAGGCGUGCCUUUGCUUUGUUUAUUUUUACAUUUGACAGCAUCGGCAAUAAUUCCCUUGCCACUUCUCCCUGAGUGUUAUUAAAACUAUAAUUGAAAACACCCCAGAUUCUGGGUGUCACGUGACCAGCCCCAACCAGGGUCUUUCCGCAGCUUGAGGGCGUGCGAAGAUAAGAGCCUGGGUACGAGGUUGAUGUUUUCAUUGUUAUUGUGUUUUCUAAACUUGUAAAGUGAAAAGUAUAUUUAAAAAAACUUUAUUUCGAGGAAUAGUUUUACAUUUCAUUUCACCAAUUUUCUCAGCCAUUUCCUGAACAAAUUAAAGCUAAACAGAAACCAAUUUUUUAGUUCUAAGAAUGGGAAAAAAGUUAUUCCAUCGUUGCGUUCAUAUUCCAAGAAAAAGUCACACAGGAAGCCAUUUUAAAACUUAUUUAAAACCGGAGUUUUUGUUUUCAAACAAAUAGCACAAAGUAUCCCGACUGUUCAAUGGGAAAAACCUUGCCGUAAUAUUCUUUUAAAUCCAUUUUGUUUUGUAUCCUAUAGAUUUCUCAAUUUGUACGAUACUAUUUCUUUUGAUAUGUCAUGUUUUCAUUGUUCUGUAUGGCGUUCUGACCGCUGUAUUGUGUUUUAGAAACUUGUAUUAAAGUAAAAAGUAUUAUUAAAACUUUAUUUCGAACGAUAUAGUUUUACAUUUCAUUUUACCAAAUUUCUCAGCCAUUUCCUGAAAAAAUUAUUGCUAAACAGGAACUAUUUUUUAAUUCUAUUAAGUCUGGUGAAAAAGUCAUUCCAUUAUUGUGUUUAUAUUCUAAGCAGAAAUCGAGAAAAACAACUUUGUAAUAAAGCAAUAAAGUCACACAAGAAGCCAUUUUAAAAGCGUGUGCGUACAAGAAACACUGCAUGCAACACUGUUAGUGACAGUAACCGUGAACAGGCCGAAAACAAUUUUAUUUCCGAAUUUUAAUUGAACUGAUAUUUGGAUAUUUUGUUUUAUUCAUUAAAAAUUUAUACUAAAACAAUUAUUCGCCUCAGACUCAGUGAUUACGGUGAAUAUUCACCUCGACUUCGUCUCAGUGAAUAUUCAGCGGUAAUCACUUCGCCUUAAAGGGAAAUGGCAAUAUAUUUUUUUAUUUUCUCGUUUGAAAGAACAUUUAAAACCAUAUAUAAAACUCUUUUACCGUUUUUUCAUAUCUUGCUUUCUUCUACAAAUAUUUUAAUCGAAAGAAAUGAAAUGUCCGCCAUCUUGAAUUUUUGUGGAUAUGCAUGUUACGUCACAACAGGGGUCACGCAAUAUUUUUAUCUAGACAACCACUAAUCAUUUUGCACCCAAAAUUAUACUCUGUAUGUUCUUGGAAAUAUCAAGAUCACUUGAAACGUUUAAAACAUCUACCAGUCAAUAUUUGGUCAGUAACGAAUACUUUUAUAUGGUUAAUCCCUGUUGUGACGUCACCAAAACUACCGUUAAUGAGAUCAAAAUUUUAUCCAAGAUGGCUGACAUCUCAUUACUUCAAGUGAAAAUAUUUCAAGAACUAAGCAAGAUAUGAAGAAUCGGUAAAAGAAGUUAUUAAAUAGUUUCAAAAGUUCUUUCAAAUGAGAAAAUAAAAAAAUAUAUUGCCAUUUCCCUUUAAGCGAAUAAUUGUAAAAUAUCCAAUACAACACCCAUUUUAUUUGGUAAUUUUAUUAUAGGACGGUUCCUGUUAGAUUAUGUUCGGAUCGGAAUAAGAUGAAAAACAUUGACGUUUUGUUAGAAUUGUCAAGAAUAACUAAUGAAGGUAAGCUGAGAGUCUCUCCUACGUGUUUUUGUUUGGUACGGCAUUUUACGAAAUAAUGGUUUUGAAAGUUAUUCUGUACACAAAAAGGUUUAGUCUCAUUUAUCUCCCUUUGCCUUAAAAUUUCGUUGACUAUAAACAUUCGCUAAAUUUUACGCAUAUCAAUGACUGGAGACUGAUCAAACAUAAUUUCAACAAUUACGGAUAAAAGUUCGAUCGUUGGGAUUUUAUAGGAUAGGGGGGAAAUAUGUGAUGUACAUACGAUUGUAGAUAUGUAUGAUUGACACUCGUAUAGUGUUUGUGCUCAUAUACUGUAUAAGUUAAGUUGUAUUUCGCUAUAAAUUUUAUAAUAUUGAGGAUGAAUACGGGGCCCUAUAGCUUUUGUCAUUCGUUGGGCGAAGUCCUUAAUUGUUAGCCAUUCUCCGGGUGGCAUAUUGUAUAGGGAAAAUAGACAGGGAACGAGUGGAAUUAGUCAGUGGCGGAUUACCCAAUAGACUGAGUAGAAUGAAGCUUACAAGCCCUGCCUCCAAGAGGCUGUGAUUUUCAGAUAAUGCACUUUCUAUUAGAAUUAUUGUGCUUUUUUUGUCCUCAAUUAAACAAUGAGAUAUUGAUAUAGCAGCUAAUCCAAAAACUAUAAGUUCCUUUGUUUUCAUGAUUGUUGCAUGACCUUAACCGUAACGCCAUGCACCAUUUAACUUUCCAAUGUUCAGCACUCAUGCAGUAUUGCCAUAAUUGGGGUGUAUUUGUUAUGUCCGUUGACUAUCUCGAGAAUUAAAAAUAUAGGAACGAGAGGAGCCCAACUGAUACAACAUACAGACUGAACCUGUAUGUUGUAUCAGCACGGCAUUAAAUGAUGUAUUUGCUGUUUAUUUUAAUUAAAUCAGUCAAAUUUAAAUUAGUGCUUUCUUUGUCCUCAAUUAAACAAUUUAAAUUUGUAGUGCUUUUUUUGUCCUCAAUAGACCUUUCCCCUUUUGAGUGAAAUUUUGAUCUAGACAAGUCUGGACAAAAUUUUCAUCACAUGCAGCUUGAAAGAGCAUCACAAAAUUAGUAAUAUUCCGAAGUUUCGUUGCGAAAUGUUGUAAAAUGCGGAUAAUAUAGCCUUGCGAAGUUUGCCGUUUUUCAGUCAUUUGGUAUUACAAACGGGAAAUUGAUAAUCAGAUGAUCAAACUGAUGCAAAAUGUUACAUUGUAAUGCAAAAUGACUGAAAAACGGCAAACUUCGCAAGGCUAUAUUAUCCGCAUUUUACAACAUUUCACAACGAAACUUCGGAAUAUUACUAAUUUUGUGUUGCUCUUUCAAGCUGUGAUGAAAUUGUUGCCCAGGCAUAUCUAGAUCAAAAUUUCACUCAUAAGGGAAAGGUCUAUUAAACAAUGAGAUAUUGAUAUAGCAGCUAAUCCAGAAACCAUAAGUUCCUUUGUUUUCAUGAUUGUUGCAUGACCUUAACCCUAACGCCAUGCACCAUUUAACUUUCCAAUGUUCAGCAGUCAUGAAGUAUUGCCAUAAUUGGGGUGUAUUUGUUAUUUUCGUUGAUUAUCUCAAGAAUUAAAAAUAUAGGAACGAGAGGAGCCCAACUGAUACAACAUACAGACUGAACCUGUAUGUUGUAUCAGCACGGCAUUAAAUGAUGUAUUUGCUGUUUAUUUUAAUCAAAUCAGUCAAAUUUAAAUUUGUAGGUGACCAUGCUUUGAUGGCCGAAAGCCCCACGUUUUACAGUGCAUUUGGUCCAUGCAUGGAUCGCUUUAAAGAAAUGCAUAAAAAAGGUCAGUAGAAAGCACAUGGCCAAUUCCACAUAAUUUUACAUGUGAAAUAAAUGUUCACGUAUCAACCUUUAUAAUAUGAAAACUCAUUUUCAAUUGCAUUUCAUCAAAUUUUCUGAUUCCAAAAUUUUCAAAGGGUUUGGUUAUGCAUAAUAUAAAAGAAAGUAUAUUAAUAAUUCAUGAGGAAAAGACAAAGGAAAUCAGUCACUACCGCAAUUGUGGUUUUAUAUGUGAUAAAAAAAUCAUGUUAAUUUACAUAAACGUUAGGUUUGAUUUUCUCGGUUUAGACAAUUUUGUUUUUAAAAAAAUACUUCGCCAAUAAACUCAUAAAACUUAAAACACUUGCAGUAUGUGCUUUAUGAGUUACAAAACACUUGACUGUCGUGCAUGUUAUAUCUGAUAAAGCACCCAUGCUCGUGUUUUAAGUACUACAGUAUUUAAAACAUGAGCAGCAGUGUUUUAUCAGAUAUAAAGAUACGAGGCAAAGCCGAGUAUCUUUAGGUUUGAUAAAACUCGCACUGCAUGCGAAUGUGUAAGUCGAGAAUAUCAAAGUUAAAGUUUAUGUAAAUCAAGGAAAAUCUCUAUCACAUAUAAAGAUACGACACGCUUAUGAUUUUUCUUUGUGUUGUCCUUAUGAAUUAUUAAUGAAUUUUUGAAAGUAUAGCAGACCUUAAUAUUUUUGAUAUCAUUAAUUAAAAACUGAAUUGAAUAUGUGUAUACUUGUUAGACGAUAUGCCUCUUGUGGAUGAGUUGGUCUUUGCAAAAAAGUCGGAUCCACCAAAAUAUACGCAUGACAAGGAACAGAAAUGUGAUUGGAGCAUUAUAUUUGAAAAACCGAACGGUUAUGAUUUCACAUUUCCGCAAGGUCAGAAACUCAGCCCCAUUGAGCAGUUCAAGUACCUCCAAGAAACUAUGGGAACAUCGCAGAGCUUGCUGGAUGAAACACAGAUGCUGGCAAUCAAGAACUUUUUGGAAAAUAGAGUUUCAUUAAUACAGGUGAUUUUCGAUGUUUAUUUUUUAUUACAAUUGCUGAAUGGAAAGAUCAUGCCAAACUUCUCAUCCACAUAACCCUGAAAUUUCUAUAUGUGCAGUGUACAGUAUUAUUGUAUCUUCCUUUAUGGCAAUUGUACAUAAAAUAGUUAAAAAAUGACAAUAGUUAAACUACUUUACUGCAAGAUUCAGUAAGAUGUAAAUGGAUAUUUGAAUUUUGCCUCUUUCAAUAGUGGCGUGAAUAAGUGAAGGUAUUGUGCAUUUUGUGAAGAAAGCGCCAUAUUGACAGGAUGUGUAGACACAAGUAUGAAUAACAGAUAUGGAGGCAGCUGUGAAAUGAACGCUAAUAGCCAAAACUUUGGAAUUUCUGACAUUUUAUUAUAAAUUUCUAUUAUUGAUAGAAAUUUUAAAAUUCCAAGGUAGCUCACAGAAAAACCAAGUUGAGUGGUUGACACGUACACAAAAAACUGUCUAUACAGGGUGUCUAAAAAAACACUACGGAAACUCGACAGGCUGCCGUGCAUCAUAAACGUGGCUAGAAAUUCAAUUUUUACAUUAGGACAAAAGAACAGUUAAUUAGCUUUUCAAUGAUACUCAUUUUAAAUCGUAACGAUGAGAAGUGGCCGAAUACUUGUCAAAUAAAAAUUUCCGGUCGAAAUCACAUUCUUCCACCGUUGGGAAUUGCAUGAAAAACGAAACAUAGUCAAUUCCCAAGAGGGAAUUAAAAUUGAAUGUUAAAUUGUCUAAAAUGAGCUCAAGUCAUCAGUCUUCCUCUUAGUGAGACAAUAAGAACGUCAUUAAACACGGUUCAAUUAACCACUGAACAAAGAACAUUCAUAAUCAACACGUUUUACGAUACAAAUAGCUUGCAGCAGACUCGCGUUGCUUUUGGAUUGAUUAACUUAAUUUGCAUAAUUAAUUAUUUUCAAUUCCCAAACGUGGAAGAAUGUGAUUUCGACCGGCAGUUUUUAUUUGACGAGUAUGUGGCCAAUUCUCACCGUUUCGAUUUAAAAAAGGUAUCAUUGAAAAGCUAAAUAACAACUCUUUCGUUCUAUAUAAAAAUUGAAUUGUUUAGCGAAGUUUAUGAUGCAUGGCAGUCCGUUGAAUUUCUAUAGCAUUUUUUUAGACACCCUGUAGGACAGUAAAGCAGUUUUUUAUUUUCCAAAUAUUUCCUGAGCUGCAACCUGUUAAUAAAGGCGAUUUGAAGCUGGUGCCAGUCGUUGCACCUAUUUUUGAUCUAUUUUGUGCGAUUUCGUAACUGAUUAACUUAAAAACGACUUGGCAAAUAAAAAACUGCUUUAAUGUUCUAUAUACAGUUUUUUUGUGUACUAACUUUUAUUUUUUCUGUGAGCUACCUUGGAAUUUUAAAAUUUCUAUCAGUAAUAGAAAUUUAUAUUCAAAUAUCAGAAAUUCAAAAUAUUUAGCUGUUAAAUGUCUCCAUAUCUGAUAUUACUUGUAUUAAAGUCUACACAUCCUGUCAAUAUGGUGCUUUUUUCAAUAACUGCCCAAUUAUUCCAAAAUUGUACAAUUAUUCCAAAAUUGUGCGCUUAUCGAUCCUCCCCACUACAAGGAAACAGUCCAAGAAUAAUGUAUAUGGCGAGAAUUGGAAAUAACUAAUUCUUUUGAAAUAUGUAACAAUUAUUCGCCGAAGGCGAGGUGAUUAUCAGGGAAUAUUCGCCGAGACGAAGUUACACAAGUCUUUUGUGUUUUUGGGACUGAACUUGUUUUAAUUUCCCUUAUUUCUUUAUCAGUAACUCCCACAAAACGGCUAGCCGCCAUUUUGAAAAUUUCGGUUUUGUUAUAUUCACCUUUAGGUGAAUAUAACAGCUUAAUACGUCAAAUUUGACCAAUCAACGUGUAGGAUUUGUUAUGUUCACUUGUGCAAAAAUACUAAUUACGAAUAAUAAAAUUUAUGAUUCAAAGUAUAUACAAUAUACAGACACGACAAAUAGGAAACAAAUGUCCUAAUUAAAGUCAAGGAAAUAGUUUUGAGCGAAUCGAGUCUGAUUGUGUGUUCGUGCCAUGAUAGGCAAAGAUCCUUCAUGUACAGCAUUUCAAACUAGAGGCAUUCGUACUUCCUCUGGCACUGUCGAAGGAUAGGAAAAACAGCUUUCAAUUCGGGAAUGCAUCCCCUCUUGCAUGACACACACGCACGUGCUUCUCUAUAAACCGACCGCUUAAUAUGUUCAUCAAUGCGGAAUUUGGUUUGUAAUUUAAAUUUACAUCCUUCAAAAAUACCUCAUUUUCGACACAUCCACGUUGAUCUUCACUUCCCUUGGUUGCACUCUGGGAUAAUCAGGUGACUGAAGUCUUCCGAUCCCAAUUUCAUGACGGUAAAUAGUCUUGCGUCAAUGAAUUUGUUAUUUCAGGGACCUCCAGGCACUGGCAAGUCCUUCCUGGGUGCAAGGAUUUUACGUUUGAUGCUUUCGAUGGGAAUACAUAAGCGAGGUCCUAUUUUGGUAGGUAUAACAAUAAAAUUAUUCACUUUCCGAAGGGCUUUCACUCGAAACGUCAAAGUUCUGCGUAUAUUUGUCAAGCAGUUGCAUAUCUUUCACACCGCCGCUAUUAAAUUACUGUGUGUACUGUCCUGCACGUUGGAUUAUUUUAUUAAUUAAUAUUAUCUAUCAGACGUGUGCGAUGAUAUCUCAAUAUGACUUUAAUCUUUUUUGUAUAGGUUAUGACCUACAAAAACUUUGCAUUGGAUCAUUUUUUGGAAUCGUGUUUGGAGUAUUCUCCCGACAAUAUCGUUCGCAUUGGAAAGGCAGGAAAUGAAAAACUGUCUGAAAUCAAUCUUAAAAAU